AAACAUCAGCCAAUUACUUAAGAUGAGACCCAGCUAAAUACAAAAUUUCAAGGUCAAGAAGUUUUUACUCAAUAUUAUGUCGAAAAGGUGGAAAAUAUUCGCACUGCUCGUGGCAAGUGGUACUAUUUGGAUUUUCGUUUCUUUCGGAUGGUCCUCUCGGCCGGGUAUCAGUUCCCCGAUGGCAGCCCCCAUCACCCCCGCUUCUAAUACCGGGAAACUGAAAAGAAGCAUGAAACUUGACGAAAAUGGGAAAUAUCUUCCGUUUUACGGUUACACGGCACUCUGUAUGGUCGAACAUCCUCCCAGUUUCGGUCGACAGAUUGAAGAUUUCAUCCGAUCCUCCAGCCUGGGUCGGUUCUACGCUGCACUUCCGCAUGACACGUAUCACGUGACGAUAUUCAACAUCUAUACGAUUCAAUAUCAAACAAUUCCUCCGGUCGAGAGGUGGGUGAAGGAGAAAGGCGGCGUCAUCCCGAACAAUUCCUGGCUUCCGGAAUACGUUCUUCACAAGCAACACGUCCAAGCCACCAACCUCCUCGCCGCCGUCACGCCAUCCUUUCCCAUCGAAACCGUCGAAUUCCGGACUCCUUCCGACUACGCAGGCUUAUCCAUACUCGUGACCGCUCUUCACCCCGAUUUUAACCACGAGAUAACCCAACUGAGAGAGAAACUUGGCACAAUUUAUGAGCAUGACGACCCAGGAUUGGCCAAGAUGGGAUUUCACAUCACUUUGGCAUAUGCCUACAAGCAACUCCAAAUUUCAGACCAGGUUUCUCAAGAUUUGAACAUAUUGAGUGACAUGGUUCAAAAAUUUGUCGAAUUCAGGCUCAUAAAUCACGGAGUUUAUUUGUACGAUAGCAUGACCAACUUUAUUCUUUGGACGGAUCGAAAAAAUUAAUACUCAAAUUUUAUAAAGUUAUCUCUUGAAUAUAUGAAACUCGAAUAAAAUAGUAAAUUCUUCAAAUUUAA